AUGAUGAGCAACUAUCGGAAUGACCAAACACCCUCUCCGGGUCACCCAUUGACUGGUUACCAACUAUCUGAUAACCCUUAUGCUCCUCCGCGUCAUUUGGAAAUGCCUUCGACAGACCGACUGCUAGACCAGCCAACGUACUCGGUAGAAGGUAUUCACAACUCAUACGGACACAAUGAAGUCUAUGAAGGCCACCCCGGCCACGAGUACUCCCUAAACCCCGAAGCCCAUCAUGACGCCUACUACACUCAACCUUACCAGCCCACGGUAACGCCACAGGAAGACUAUGACAUAGGCCAAUACCAUGAAACUCAUCAGCCGGAUGACCGUGUUCCGAUUUUGCACCAGCCGGAAAACCCUUUUGGGCCGGAUCCCUAUGGUGAUGAGUAUGCAGAAGACUACCAGGAUGAUCCCACCAUUGCACCCACUCCGAGUCCCGCUCCUUUGCGACGAUGGAAGACAGUGAAGGAAGUGCAACUUUUUAACGGUAACCUUGUCUUGGACUGCCCAAUCGCACCCAAACUUCUAAACCAGGUUCCUCACGCCGAGCCACCGGGUCGUGAUGAGUUCACGCACAUGCGUUAUUCCGCCGCAACCUGUGACCCAAAUGAUUUCUUCGAGGAGCGCUUCACCCUGCGACAGAAACUCUUCGCGAAGCCCCGACACACGGAGCUUUUCAUUGUCGUCACCAUGUACAACGAGGAUGACUUCCUCUUCGCCCGAACAAUGAUCGGUGUAUUCAAGAACAUUGAGUACAUGUGCUCGCGGACAAGUAGCAAGACCUGGGGCAAGGAUGCCUGGAAAAAGAUUGUGGUUUGCGUCAUUAGUGAUGGUCGUGCGAAGAUCAAUCCACGUACCCGAGCUGUGCUGGCUGGUCUGGGUGUCUACCAAGAUGGAAUUGCAAAGCAGCAGGUCAAUGGCAAGGAUGUCACAUCUCACAUUUACGAGUACACCACUCAAAUGGGUUUGGAGUUGAAGGGGCAGCAGGUUUCGGUCAAGCCCCGGUCUGGGCCCCCUGUUCAGAUGAUCUUUUGUCUGAAGGAGAAGAACCAGAAGAAGAUCAACUCGCACCGUUGGUUCUUCUCGGGCUUUGGUCGUGUUUUGGAACCCAACAUCUGUGUCCUUUUGGAUGCAGGAACUAAGCCCGGAAAGGACUCCAUCUAUCACCUGUGGAAGGCAUUCGAUGUUGAGCCUAUGUGUGGAGGAGCUUGCGGUGAAAUCAAGGUCAUGUUGUCUCACGGAAAGAAACUGCUCAACCCGCUGGUCGCUGGGCAGAACUUUGAGUACAAGCUGAGCAAUAUUCUGGACAAGCCGUUGGAAUCGUCCUUUGGAUUCAUCACUGUGCUUCCCGGUGCCUUUUCCGCAUACCGAUACGUGGCUUUGCAGAACGACAAGAACGGUCAAGGUCCACUUGAGCGAUAUUUCCUUGGUGAGAAGAUGCACGGUGCCAAUGCCGGUAUCUUCACUGCCAACAUGUAUCUGGCCGAGGAUCGAAUUCUGUGCUUUGAGAUCGUUUCCAAGCGCAACUGCCGCUGGCUGCUGCAGUAUGUCAAAUCGUCGACAGGAGAGACCGAUGUCCCGGACCGCAUGGCGGAAUUCAUUCUUCAGCGUCGUCGGUGGUUGAACGGUAGUUUCUUUGCCGCCGUCUACGCUAUUGCCCAUUUCUACCAGAUCUGGAGAAGCGACCAUAGUGUUGGGCGAAAGAUGGCGCUGAUGCUUGAAUUCGUUUACCAAACUGUUGCGAUGCUGUUUGCUUGGUUUGGAAUCGGCAACUUCUUCUUGGUUUUCCACAUUCUAACAACGUACCUUGGUGACGCGCAACUACUCGGUACAACUGGUAAAGUGCUUGGUGUGGUUUUUGAAUGGCUCUAUCUCGCGACCUUGGUUACUUGCUUUGUUUUAGCUCUGGGUAACCGCCCCGGUGGAUCGAACAAGUUCUACAUGACCAUGGUGUAUUUCUGGAUUGGUAUCAUGAUCUACUUGGCAUUUGCAGCAAUCUUUGUGACGGUCAAAUCGAUCCAGACCGAAGUUUCGGAGGACAAUUUCACCGUGGGCAAACUGUUUUCCAACUACCAGUUCUUCACGAUCAUCGUUUCCAUUGGUUCAACGUAUGUCAUGUGGUUUGUGGCAUCUUUGAUCUUCCUCGACCCAUGGCACAUGUUUACUUCGUUCAUCCAAUACAUCCUGCUCACUCCAACCUAUAUCAACGUGCUGAACAUCUACGCCUUCUGUAACACUCAUGACAUUACAUGGGGUACCAAGGGAGAUGACAAGGCAGAAAAGCUGCCCUCGGCCAACCUGAAGCCCGGCGGCAAGGUUGAUGUCAACAUCCCCCAGGACGAUGGCGACCUGAACGCGCAGUAUGAAGCCGAAUUGGCGACAUUCGCCACCAAGCCGCCCAAGGAGGUUGAGAUCAUUUCCGAAGAAGACAAGCAAGCCGACUACUACAAGGGAUUUCGAAGUGCAGUCGUGUUGGCGUGGGUAUUCUGCAACUUCGCCCUGGGAGCCGUUGUGUUGAGCGCAGCGGGUCUGGAACAGUUUGGUGGCAAGGACAACGAUAGCACACAAAACAAGCGCGCCUCUAUCUACAUGGGUGUUGUCCUGUGGAGUGUGGCAGUUCUCUCUAUGAUCAAAUUCUGCGGUGCGAUGUGGUAUUUGGUUGUACGAAUGGUAAGCUUGCUCGUCCAUUGGCCAAAUUAA